CACUGCGUUUCUUCAAUGACUCAACCCCUAAAACAUGCUCUCGUCAUGACUAUAGCCUUCUUAUCGUACAUGCAAAUGUGAAAAACUAGAUUCCGAAAUCCAAAAAAGAUUGAAAAACCAUGUCCAACAAACCAAGAAACAACAACAACGGGAAAUUGAAACAUCAUCGGAACGAGGGUUCCGAUGAUGUCGAAGGCAACCCCGAUGUCUGGUCCACGUUGGACAAGAGUUUCAAGCAGGUCCAGACGGUGUUGGACCGGAACCGGGCGUUGAUCCAACAGGUCAACGAGAAUCACCGGUCGAAGAUAGCCGACAACAUGGUGAAAAACGUUGCACUCAUUCAAGAACUCAAUGGGAACAUUUCCAAGGUUGUCUCUCUUUACUCUGAUAUGUCUUCUACUUUCUCAUCUGCGUUUCAUAAACAACACAGCAAUGGACACACCAGGGACGACUGAAAAUUUUCUUUUGAAUAGCGAAUGAAAUUUUCGUUAUUCAGAAUAGUAAAUAAAUAAAUA